CGUCCGUCUAUGCGUGGUGGAGCAUAUGCGCUGGCUAAUGAUCGACAAAUACAAGUGCCUGAACGAUAUUACGCUGCAGGACCUGCAGGACUUUGCGGGCCUCUUUCCACAACAGCUGUAUGUGCAGGGCCUCGUGCAGGGCAACUAUACGGAGGAGCAAGCCCAUAAUGUGAUGAACAUGUUGUUGGGUCGUCUCGGCUGCAAGUCGAUACAGGACCACUAUUAUGUGGAGGAUCGCACGGUGCAAUUGCCACAGGGCGCACACUACAUACGCUGCCAUACGCUGAACGAACAGGACACGAAUACUGUGAUCACGAACUACUAUCAGAUCGGGCCAAAUAAUGUGCGCUUGGAGUGCAUUUUGGAUCUGUUGAUGAUGUUCGUUGAGGAGCCGCUGUUCGAUCAGUUGCGCACCAAGGAGCAGCUGGGCUAUCAUGUCGGCGCAACGGUUCGGAUGAAUUACGGCAUUGCCGGCUACUCGAUCAUGGUCAACUCCCAGGAGACAAACACAACGGCCAGCCAUGUGGAGAAGCGUAUCGAGGUGUUCCGCAACAAUAUGCUCCAAAUUCUCGAAGAUAUGUCCCAGGAGGACUACGAUCAUACGCGCGACUCGCUCAUCAAGCUGAAGCAGGUCGCCGAUAUGGCGCUGGCCACGGAGGUGUCGCGCAACUGGAACGAGAUUGUCAACGAGGAGUAUAUGUUCGAUCGUCGUCGGCAACAGAUCGAUGUGUUGCGCAGCCUGACGAAACGUGAAAUAGUCGCCUUCCUGCUGGACAAUGAGAUCACCAACAUGCGCAAGGUGUCCAUACAGGUCAUUGGCCAUCAGCCGGAGAAGACGUCCAAAUUGAAGUCAAAGGCGUUGGCCGAAACGGAAGGGGAUGCCCAAAGUUCGCUGACCGAGACGACGCCCAGCAGCGAGAAUGAAGACGACGAUGAGGACGACGAUAUGGAAAGCAGCGAGGAAGAUGAGGAUGAACUCUUCGAGGCGCUGGCCAACAAACUGAAUGUCGUAUUCCUGCCAGAGGAGGGUGACGCCACAACCAUUGUCGACAUUGCCGAUUUCAAGUCCAGUCUGGAUCUAUAUCCCAUGACUCUCUUCAACAAUGUGAGCGCCGAUGUCGAGGAUGCCAGCAGCAAGCCAACGCUUAUCGAGGAUGCGCUAAUGAAUACGUGAACGCCCACACCUGACAGCAACCAAAAGACCCAUCAACGGCAAAUACAUAUUGUCCAUAAAUAUGCAUACGCACACAUAUACAUAUGAGUAUAUGCAUGUGUGUGUGUGUGUGUGUGCGAGUGUGUUUAGCAUAUAUAGUUUAUAAGGAUUCAUCUGUAACAAAAUUACUGCAAAGCGAAUGCACUCGUCGUUUUACUAGCAAAAUGUAAAGUAAAGUAACACACCUGUGUACACCUACCCAUACCAUACCGUACCCAUACCGUACCAUACACACACACUUACAUUGACGUUUUACAAGAGAAAUAUGUAGAUCGAAGCAUUUGUCCUUUCGCGAUGAUCGCGUGAUUUGUAACUGACGACAUUUGAAAGCAAACUAAACUAAAUUUACCUUAAACAGCUAUUAAACUAAAUAAAACAAAUAAAUUAUGCAAUAUGCACCCACUUCUCUGUAUCCCAGCCAAUGCAUACACACAUUCACAUAUA